CCUCCCUCCUGCCAAGCAGGAAAUGCCGUGCACCGGGCACCUCGACACGCCAGGGCCCCCGGCCCGCAACGCGCCCAUGGAGCCCACGGUCAACAUCUUCCAGACGGAGGGUCCCACUACCGACCCCACCAACCAGCUCUGGCCGGGACCCCCGGCCCAGCCCGAGACCCCGGCCCCCAGCCCACCCCGGGAGACCUGGGCUGGCAAAUACGACUUCCUGCUGUCCUGCCUGGGCUACUGCGUGGGGCUGGGCAACGUCUGGCUUCCCUACCUGUGCUACCGCAACGGAGGAGGUGUGUUCCUCAUCCCCUACUUCAUCAUGCUGCUGGUGACGGGGCUGCCGCUCUUCCUGAUGGAGCUGAGCCUGGGCCAGUACGGGGCUGCGGGGCCCAUCACCGUCUGGAAGUGCUGCCCGCUCCUGAGAGGUGUUGGCGUCGCCAUGCUGAUCGUGUCCUCCCUGGUGUCCCUCUACUACAACGUCAUCAUCGCUUGGGCUUUCUACUACCUGGGCUCCUCCUUCCGGAGCCCCCUGCCCUGGUCCUGUGACGCCCCCAACAACAGGGACCACUGCCAGAACGCGUCGGCGAGCGCCAGCUGGGUCAGCGCCAGCGAGCUUUUCUGGAAGGAUCGGGUGCUGGGAGUGACACACAGCUCCGGCCUGGGGGACCCUGGCCCCGUGCGCUGGCCCCUCGCCCUGUGCCUGCUGGCGGCCUGGACCCUCCUCUUCCUCUGCCUGCUGAAGGGCAUCCGCAGCUCGGGCAAGGUCGUUUACUUCACUGCCACCUUCCCCUACCUCGUCAUCCUCAUCCUCAUCGUCCGGGGGGCCACGCUGGACGGCUCCCUCGACGGCGUGCGCUUCUACCUGUCCUCGGACUGGAGCCGGCUGCAGAGCGCACAGGUGUGGAGCGAUGCGGCCUCGCAGAUCUUCUACUCCCUGGGCAUCGGCUUCGGGGGGCUGCUCUCCAUGGCCUCCUACAACAGGUUUGACAACAACGUCAUCCGGGACACCUUGGUCAUCACCAUCGGGAACUGCUGUACCAGCUUCUUCGCCGGCUUCGCCAUCUUCUCGGUGCUGGGGCACAUGGCCUGGAAGAGACAGGUCCCCGUGGGCAGCGUUGUGGACUCAGGCCCCGGGCUGGCAUUUGUGGCGUACCCUGAAGCCCUGUCCCUGCUGCCUGGCUCCCCAUUCUGGUCCAUCCUCUUCUUUCUGAUGCUGAUCACCCUCGGAGUGGACACUUUGUUUGGGAACAUCGAGGGCAUCACCACGGCCGUCCUGGACGAGUUCCCCGCCCUGCGCAGCUGGAGGAGGAAGACGGCGCUGCUGGGUGUCCUCUGCAUCUCCUUCUUCCUGCUGGGGCUCCUGCUGGUCACCCAGGGCGGCAUCUUCUGGUUCACCCUCAUCGACACCUACAGCACGGGCUUCGGGCUGAUCGUGGUCGCCCUCUUCAUGUGCCUGGGCAUCGCCUUCUGCUACGGUGUGGACCAAUUCUGCCAGGACAUUGUGGACAUGAUCUGCCGGUGCCCACCCUGGUGCAGCCGCUUGCUGGGCUACUUCAAGCUGUGCUGGAUCUUCUUCACGCCGUGUCUGCUGCUGUUCACGCUCAUCUACACCUUCCUGGACAUGUACAGCAAACCCCUGCGCUACGGCUCCUACAAGUUCCCCGCCUGGGGCACCAGCCUGGGCGUCUGCAUGGGCGUCCUCACCUGCCUGCAGAUCCCGCUCGGCGCCGCGCUGGCCCUGGGCCGCGAGUCGGGGACGCUGAGUGACCGCUUCCAGAAAGCCACCCAGCCCCUGCACUCCUGGAGAACGGCCACCGCGCGGGACGUGGCCGGGGACGUCAUCGACGUGCCGUUCACCAUCACCCUGACCAGCAGCGACUUCACCGCGCCGCCCCCCGGCGGCACCGAGGCCUGAUGCCAGCCCGGCAUCGCCCCAUGGCCUUGUCCAGAGCCCCCCGGAAAACAGGACUGGCUGGCGAUGGGGACACCCACCCCAGGGCUGCCGGCGGCGCUGUCACUGUCACCAUCACCCAUCCCAGCGAUGGCAACCACUGAUACCAGUGUGUGUUCUAGUUCCUUUUCCUGGAGCCGCUGUGCCCUCUCCCGGGGGGGCUCUGAGCAGGACCCGCUGCCUGGGCAGCUGUCACGUCCCGUUGGAGCCGUCUGGGGACGGCCACGCGUGUCCCUGUCCCCGACCCAGCGCCGCGGGCAGGGCUGGAGUUCAUUCUGCUGCUUCCAGGGCUCAUCCCGGUCUGAACGCUGCGGACUCGCCCUGGGCUUGCACGUGGGGUUCACGGGGCCGCUGCUCACAGGUAACUCCUGGUUGGAAAUCCAGGUGCUGGGCUGUGCAGUUAUCAGCUCCAGCUGCAACCCAACAACCAGAGCGACAGGAAGGUGGCCCAAAACACCUUCCAGAAGCAAAACCAUGAAGGACAUUGCCAGUUACCAAAAACACUUACCUGGUGAAGAUGACACGACCACUCCAUAAAUGAUUUCGUUCUUAAACAAACAAAAAGAAACAAAAGCCCAGGCCAUCACACUAAACCUAAGCAGACGUAUCUGCAAGUCUUGCCGUGACAGGUUGUUGAAACUGAGGUCUCGUCGGUAAUUAAAAACUUUAAAUGUA